GAGGGUUCACUCCCCCAUUAGUGAGAUGACUGCCUGCCGCACGGCGCUCUCCUAUACAGUCCUGUCCACUGUCCUACCCGGAAUAAAUGGCGUUGUCUCGGCACACUGGAAUCCAGCUGCCUGACAUGUUCAAAAGUGGCCUGAAGACCAUUGGGAUUACCCCUGAUCUGCUCCUGGAACCCACCCUGGUACCUUCCCUCCCUGCACUCUCAUCAGCGCGGGCCAGCGGGAAGGUCCGGAGGUGCAGCGGAAGCGACAGCGCUGCCAAGCGUCCGCCUUUGAGCGCAGCCCCGAGGCCGGGCCACGGUAGAGGCAGCAUGGAGGUGGGCAUGCGGGUAGUUCGUGGCACGGAUUGGAAAUGGGGAAACCAGGAUGAUGGCGAGGGCCACGUGGGGACCGUGGUGGAGAUUGGGCGGCAGGGCAGCACCACCACCCCAGACAAGACGGUGGUCGUUCAGUGGGACAGCGGCACAAGGACCAACUACCGCACUGGUUACCAGUCGGCCUACGACUUGCUGCUGUAUGACAACGCUCAAAUCGGCGUGCGUCACUCCAAUAUCAUCUGCGACAGCUGCAAGAAGCAUGGCAUCAUGGGAAUGCGAUGGAAGUGCAAAGUGUGCUUUGACUAUGACCUGUGCACACAUUGCUACAUGAACAACAAACAUGACCUGAGCCACUCGUUUGAGCGUUAUGAGACGGCGCAUUCUCAGCCAGUAAGCUUGGCACCGAGGCAGAACCUCCCACGGUUCAUCCUCAAAGGAAUCUUUCAGGGGGUUAAGGUGGUUCGUGGACCUGACUGGGACUGGGGCAACCAAGACGGCGGGGAGGGUAAGGUUGGGAAGGUAGUGGACAUUCGUGGCUGGGAUACGGAGUCUGGUCGCAGUGUGGCUAGCGUGACCUGGACUAAUGGCACCACCAAUGUCUAUCGAAUGGGGCAUAAAGGCAAAGUGGACCUCAAAUAUGUGUCUGACGGCCAAGGAGGUUUCUACUACAAAGACCACUUGCCGGUACUUGGAGAGCAUGCGGAGCUGCAGCGCCAGGAGAGUGCUGAUGGCCACUCUUUCCAGCAGGGUGACAAAGUCAAAUGUCUCUUGGAGGUGGACAUUCUGCGGCAGAUGCAGGAGGGCCACGGGGGUUGGAAUCCCAAAAUGGCGGAGUACAUUUGCCGGAUCGGGACAGUUCAUAGAAUCACUGACCGGGGGGAUGUCAGAGUCCAGUACAGCAACAACAUCCGCUGGACUUUUCAUCCGGGGGCCCUUACCAAGGUGAACACGUUCGGGGUUGGGGAACUGGUGCGAGUAUUGGAGGACAUAGAUAGUGUCAAGAGGCUGCAGGCCGGCCACGGCGAAUGGACAGACAGCAUGGCUCCCGUGGUCGGCCAGGUCGGUAAGGUGCUGAAAGUAUAUGCGGAUGGUGACCUCCGUGUGGCGUUUGGAGGCCAGACUUGGACGUUCAACCCGGCGUGUCUUUCGGCUCAGCCCCUGGAGAUGGACGCCAACCUCAUGACGGCCGAGAACCCCAACGAAUCUGGAAGUAUGGCCUCUGUCAGGAUCAAGGGGCCGAUCUCAAACGCUCGACGUUUGCGCAUUCAUCUUCCCAUGUUGUCCUCCCAAGUGCUCGGUGGCUACUGUGAAUGGACGCAUUCAUGUACGGUCAUUUCUGUGUUGGAGAAACUGCUGUCUCAAUCCACAGAGCAGGACAAUCCCAGUCGGCUCGUCAUUGAGGCAGCACACGGCAGUGCCAAUAAAGUCAGAGAGUUGUUGCAGAAGUAUCCUGAUAAGGUGGACAUCAAGAACCAGGGCAAAACUGCACUGCAGGUCGCUGCGCACCAAGGCCACAUGGAGGUUGUGAAGGCCCUGCUGCAGGCCAACAGUGCCGUUGAAGUCAAAGAUGAAGACGGAGACACCGCAUUACACUACACGGCCUUCGGUAACCAGGCAGAGAUUGCACGGCUACUGUUAAGUAAAGGAGCAAACGCUAACAUCUUGAACAACUCCAUGUGUACGGCGCUCCACAUUGCUGUCAACAAGGGCUUCACAGAUGUCGUGCGCGUGCUCACUGAACAUUCGGCUGAUGUUAAUCUCCAGGAUUCCUAUGGCGACACACCUCUGCACGAUGCCAUUGCUAAAGAUUUCCGCAAUAUCAUCGAGAUUCUUGUUGCGGUGCCCAACAUUGACUUCACUCAGCAGAACCACAGAGGAUUCAACCUCUUGCACCAUGCUGCUCUCAAAGGAAACAAACUAGCCACGGAGAAGAUUCUCGGCCGAGCACGACAGUUGGUGGACGUGAAGAAGGAGGACGGCUUUUCCGCCCUGCAUCUGGCCUCCCUCAAUAAUCACCGGGAUGUCGCUGAGAUCCUCAUUAAGGAGGGACGCUGUGACACCAACAUCCGCAACAAUCGCAACCAGACUCCGCUGCAGCUGGCGGUGUCGCAGGGCCACACCGAUCUGAUCCAGCUUCUGGUGGUCGAAGGCGCCGACGUGAACAUGGAGGAUGAGGAUGGCGACACCGCCAUGCAUGUGGCUCUGCUGCGACCGCAGCUGGCCAAUGUGAUGCUCGGCAGCGGUGGCGGCAGCGGUGGCGGCAGCAGCACUGAGGAGAGCGGCGAGAGUUGCGCCUCCACGUCUCUCUACUCCAGGCUCAAUGCUUCGGGCCUCCUCGGGAAUACUGAGCUCAGUGUUGGAGUGGCGAUCGCCUGCUUCCUGGCGCAGGAAGGGGCUGACAUCAGCUAUGCCAACCACAAGGGGAAGACCCCCCUGGACCUGGUGGCGGACAGUGCCAUGCAGCAGCUCAUCAAAAGCUUCUCGGAGAAGUACAGAUUGCAACGCCUGCAAGCCGUGACGUCUGGCCAGGGCCCGAGCGCUGCUAACCUUCGUCGGGUUCACACUACGCCAAACACCAUGACCAAUCUGGUUCUUCCUACGUUGCCGGGACCCAGCGAGUGCCUCAUCUGCUCCGAACUGGCUCUGCUGGUUCUCUUCUGCCCCUGCCAGCACAGUGUGGCCUGUGAAGAGUGUGCCCAUCGGAUGAAGAAAUGCAUUAAAUGCCAAGUCACAAUCACCAAGAAAAUUCGACAAGACCAAACCGAAGUGGACUGCAGCCCUGGGACGGAGAACUCGGAGCAGCACAACCUGUUGGAGCAGCUCCAGUCUCGCUACCGGCAGAUGGAGGAGCGGAUCACCUGCCCCAUCUGUAUCGACAACCAAAUCAAACUGGUCUUCCAGUGCGGGCACGCCUCCUGCAUCGACUGCAGCGCCGUGCUCAAAGCUUGCCCCAUUUGCCGGCAGACCAUCCGCGAACGCAUCCAGUUGUUCGUCUGAGCCACAGAGCGAGGAGGAGAGGGCGCCUAGUAUUUUGCAGCCUGCCGAGAGCGGCUCAUUCAUCAUUCGUCCCACCGUCGUCGUCUACCGCCUUGCUACUAAGGCACAUGGACUUAUUUUGCACUGUGGAAAGAACCCCCCCCUCAGUAACCCGCUCAUUUGUCUGACCGCCGCUGCUUUUAUGUGGAUGUUUGUUACCCAUUGUCCUCUCUGGCUGGCUCGGCCUCUGUUCUGUUUACACGGCUGCACAGAAUGAGUCCUCCCCCUACAGCCUGCCCUGUGAAUUACGUUUGCUCUCAUUUGGAUCUGGGAAGAGUCAUCAGUAUUAGUCUCCGCAGUGGGCGCAAAUAUGUCGUUUCCCAACCACUCGCCUAUAUGCAAGGCUGGGGGGGUCGGGGGGGGGGGUUACACAGUAUACAGUAUAUGCAUGAGUGUAUGCAUAUAGUAACACUAAUGGGUCAUUUGUUGUGGUUUAUAUUUCUUUGUAAAGUACAGAUUUUUUUAUUUAUGUGUGAAAGGUGGUAUUACUUCGUAAUGUCUUGGGGUUUUUUUUUGUUUUGUUUUGUUUUUUUUUUUGGUGGUGUUUGCUUGGAGGGGCGUAAAAAGUGUUUUUGAGUCUACUGAAAUACACCCCCAAGCCUAUGUCCUCUUACUCAGGGUAUCAAAUCUUUCAAAAAGCACUUGGGAUUAUCCAUAAAAGGUUCAAAGUCGCCGCUUCAUAUUGUGUCGCUGUCGGGAGCUGCCUCGGAAUGGCAGACGUCAUCGACCUGAAAAAUGUGUCAGUCGUGAGUUGUGAGUGAAAUGAAUGUUUCUGCAACAAAAUGGAUGGACAUGUCCCUCUUCAAAAAAAGUUAAAAAACAGCAGCAGCUCCCGACAAGCCCCGUCCACACUGUUUGUGUAUUUACCGCCCACCAGGGUGCAUCCACUGUGGUUAUUGUGUGUUAUCGCCACCAAGCAGGAGACUUCGUGUUUCGCUUUUGAUUGACCCAAUGUGUUGUAAUAUAGGAGAGCCGAAAGAAGACUGAGCUUGUUACGUCAUUUACCUUUUCUGCUGGAGUCAUUUCAGAAGAAAAGCCCAUUUUCUUCUUUGGCGCUCUGGAUUGUACUCUCCAGCUUCUUUCUGCUGUCUUGGUGUGUUUCUUGAAGGGCUUCUGUCUGUGA